CAGCUUUAACAGUGAAUGUUUUUGUUUAAUUCUAGGGGAAAAUUUGCAGUGGUGAGGAAAUGUAUAGAGAAAGAUUCUGGCAAAGAAUUUGCAGCAAAGUUCAUGAGAAAAAGAAGAAAAGGCCAAGAUUGUCGGAUGGAAAUAAUUCAUGAGAUUGCUGUACUUGAACUAGCACAGGACAGUCCGUGGGUCAUUAAUUUACAUGAAGUCUAUGAAACUCCAUCAGAAAUGAUCUUAGUUCUGGAAUAUGCUGCUGGGGGUGAAAUCUUUGACCAGUGUGUUGCAGACAGAGAAGAAGCCUUUAAAGAAAAAGAUGUUCAGAGACUCAUGAGGCAGAUUUUAGAAGGUGUUCGCUUUUUACAUGCUCAUGAUGUAGUUCAUCUUGAUUUGAAGCCUCAGAAUAUUCUGCUGACAAGUGAAUCUCCACUGGGUGACAUUAAGAUAGUUGAUUUUGGUCUUUCAAGAAUAAUGAAGAAUAGUGAAGAGCUCCGAGAAAUUAUGGGUACUCCUGAGUAUGUGGCUCCUGAAAUUCUUAGUUAUGAUCCAAUCAGCAUGGCAACAGAUAUGUGGAGCAUUGGAGUGUUAACAUACGUCAUGCUUACAGGAAUAUCACCUUUCUUAGGUGACAAUAAACAAGAAACCUUCCUGAACAUCUCCCAGAUGAAUUUAAGUUAUUCUGAGGAAGAAUUUGAUGUUGUGUCUGAGUCAGCUGUUGACUUCAUCAAGACACUUUUAGUUAAAAAACCUGAAGACCGAGCCACCGCUGAAGAAUGCCUAAAACAUCCGUGGUUGACACAGAGCGGUAGUCAGGAUCCUUCUGUCAAGGGGAGAGGGGCAUCAGAAGAAGCAGAUUCCCUUCAAGAAGGUGAUUCUGUGCCUGAAGUUAAUUCAGAUGCUCAGAAACCAGACACUGAGGAGUCAGCUGUAACAGAGGAGCUAAUUGUGGUUGCUUCAUAUACUCUAGGACAAUGCAGACAGUCUGAAAAAGAGAAAAUGGAGCAGAAGGCCAUUUCCAAACGAUUUAAAUUUGAGGAACCUUUGCUGCAAGAAAUUCCAGGAGAAUUUAUCUACUGAGCAGAAUUUCCCUUUAGAACUUUAAGAUUUCUACUUUGAAAACAUGAAUAUUAUUUAUGGACUUCUGGCCCAAAUGGUACGUGUACUGAAAGUGGAUAAGCAGGUAUCACUGAUAUAAACUAAAAUAACUUGGUUGGACUUGUGGAGUUGGAUACAUCAAGCCAGAUUUAUAGAGUUGCCAACGAAGAGGUUUAACGGGUAAAGUUAUGUUUCAAUGUUAUUUUCAAGAAAGGAGAUGUUUGAACCUUUUAUUUCUACAUCCUGUUUCUCCAGAAUGAGAAUUUGUAUGCAACAAUAUCUGUAUUUGCUUUCUUUAAAAAUCCAAGUAAAAGUGCCAAAAUUAACAUUUUUGUAAAUCUGUUUUGCAUUAUUCAUAUGUGUAUCUAUAUCUGCAUAUAUGUAUGUUGAUAUCUUUACUAAAAUUGAUACUUUUUCACUUUGGAUUUUUUGGGGGCAGUAAGAUUUUAAUUUAAACAGAUAUC